ACUCGUACCAGUUCCCCAGUCCAAACCGGAAUUAUCUACUUCACAGAAUUGUUUUGCCGACCUUUUUUGACAGAUGCAGUGUUGGCAGAAUAUGAUUGGCUGUCAAAACUGUUUUUUCCUAGUGGAUUCUGAGUUAAAGAAGAUAAAUUUGUAUACUUUCUCAUUAAAUCCUUCUCUGUUUGUGUCCUAAAUGCGAAUGCAUAUUCUAGUUAGAGAAAUUUCCGUCCCGUUGAUUCAUAAGCAGAUAAGUGAAGCCCGGGCGAGACUGAAGCAGCCGGAGACAAUACGACGGCGUAGAGCGCUGAGGAGAGUGGAUAAGGAGUUGGAAAAGGGGAAUUACAAGUCAGCUCUGUCUCUGGUCAAGCAGUUACAGGGUAAACCCGGUGGUCUUCGUGGCUUUGGCGCCGCCCAACAGGUGCCUAGAAGAAUAUCAUCCUUGGAUGAACUAAAGUUGGGUGGAGAGGUGGAAAUAUCCUCCCUGGAAUUGAUAGUUGAUUCAGUUCUUCGUUCAAUCAAAUGUAGCUUAGAGUUUGCAUUGUGGGAGGAUGAUGAAGAAGAGGUAUCAUUAUUGGGAUUCAGAAAUUUGAUGAAUGGUGAAAUUAAAGAUUCUCCUUGUGAAGAUCAUCUAAUGUGUAUGCAGCAUGAAGCGGGUCAUUUCCUAGUUGGUUACUUGCUUGGGGUUUUACCAAAAAGAUAUAAAGUACCUAGUGUGGAAGAUCUAAAGCAGGACAAGUUUGCUCAAGGGAAUGUGGAAUUUCUAGGCUUUGAGUUUCAAAGAGAUGUUUAUAUUGAAACCAUGUCAAAAAAAAUCUUUACCAAAGGAAAGCUGAGUAAUGAGACUUUGAAAAAGUUUUUACGUGUAAUACUUGGAGGCUUGGUCGCAGAGCAUUUUAUGUUUGGGUACUCAGAGUUACUACACUCUGAUGUCGAGAAGUUGGAGAGGGUGCUCAAGUGGCUGGGCUUCACAGAGAUUGAAGCUGACUCUCUGAUCAGACAGGCUACUGUGGAUACAGUCUUGAUAUUAAGUCGUCAAAAGGAGUCCUGGUCGAGCCUAGCAGAGGCUAUGGCUUUGGGAAGAUCAGUUGGCCUUUGCAUUGAUACAAUUGAGAGAACUUUGAAUUUCUAAGAAAUAUAGUUAUUAUUUUGGUUGGCCGAGGCUGUUAUUCAGCUGUGAAAACCUGUAUGUCGGCUCUUUUGCUCAACCUAUUCUACUGUUGGAAAAGGAAAUUGUGAAUGGAGAGACUCUGGUUCACUCUUAGCUCUUUCUUGUUAGGAAAGAAGGUGAAAGAUGCGAUGGAAUGAAAAAUAAAGAAGGAAUUGAAUUUAAUUGUAGACUCUGGACAAUGGUUGUCCUUUGACGUAAAUGAACUUGUGCCUAAGUUGCUUCCACUCUUUCAAAAUCUGUGAUACAAUUCUCACCUCUUAUUUCAAAAUUCACGAAAUUCAA